CACUCUGGCAGCAAGCCAGCUCCAGAGCAGACCAGGACUGUGCUGCUCAGUUCUGGGUGAGCCAUGUCACAAGGGACAAGCCCCCCAAGACCGCUCUGGCCCUUCCAGGGAAUCAUCCCCCCGGGAACCCCGGGGCUUCAAGCGCCGGGCACCCUCCUGGUCAGGGCCGGAGAUAAAAGCCCUCCUGGGCCUCUGGGCUGAGGAGGACUCCUUACAGGCCAUGCACUCCACGAAGAGGCGGAAUGCAGACACCUUUGCCCGAAUGGCAGAAGAGCUGGCCAAACAAGGCCACCGCCCCCGCACACUGGAGCAGGUCCGAGCCAAAGUGAAGGAGCUGAGGCAGGGGUACGUCUGGGCCCAUGAGCAGAGCUCCCGCUCCGGGGAAAGGCCGCACUCCUGUGAGUACUAUGAGGACCUGGACAGGGUCCUGGGGGCAAGCGAUCCUCUGCCUCCUGAGAGGCUCGUGGAGUCCGGGCUGGAUACCCCGGUUCUACAGCGGCCGGAACACCUGCUGGGGGACCAGGAGCUCCAGGAGGAGGAAGAAGAAGAGGAGGUCGGCACCCAGAGGACCCAGGAGCCAGGCACCCAGACACAGGAGGCCUCCCAGACCACCUUGGACACUGGGGAGGAAACAUCAGCCGGACCAGCUUACCAGGAGGGGGACGCCCCACCUGCCCCACCACCCAGACGGCCGCAGGGCACCCGUAGGCACUGGCGCAGCUAUUUAGAGCUGGUGCGCCAGCACGUUGGAGUCCUGCAAGAGAUGAAGGACUCCACAGAAAGGAGGCUGAAGACAGAGGCUGAGUGGUACCGGCAAUUGCUGCUCGAAUUUGCCCAGCAGCGCAGGGACAUCUGUGCUGCCAUCCGGGAGGCCAUGGCCUUCCCCGGUCCUUUGCCUGUUCCUGCCCCUCCUCCUCAGCCUGCCCCCUCCUCAACUCUUGCGCCCUCCUCUGCCCCUGCCAUCCCAGCCCCAGCCCCAGCUCCACCUCCUGCUCAGCCCCCUUCUGUGGCAUCCCGCACGCGCAGCCGGGUGCGACAAGGCCGCCAGAGCCAAAGCAGCAGGAGCUUGGCCUCCAGGAUGCCCCCUCAGCCCUGAGCCCCCAUCUCCCCUUCCAGGUUCACAUUCCCCUUCCCACCAGUGACACAAAAUGAGGGAUGCAUUUUUUUAAAGCACUUUAUUUUCUAAAACAGACAUUUUUAUUUUUCUCUGAAUCAAAGAGUUAUUUAUUUUCAUUUGUUAAAAAAACAACAGUUAAAUAAAGCAUACUAGAG